CUCUACCCACCCGCUGCCCUGCAUCUGAAACCCUUCUCUUGCAUUUGAUUUCGCCUCUCUCUCCCCUUAACCAUUUUCGCCAAAUUUUCUCUAAAUGGGAGAGGAGAAACCAAAGCCUAUCGGCGGCGUAUGGCCCACCGUUAAGCCCUUCGUCAAUGGUGGAGCCUCUGGUAUGCUUGCUACCUGCGUCAUCCAGCCCAUCGAUAUGAUUAAGGUGAGAAUCCAACUGGGUCAAGGAUCUGCUGUAUCGGUGACAAAGAAUAUGCUAAAGAAUGAUGGUGUUGGUGCUUUUUACAAGGGCCUGUCUGCUGGGUUGCUAAGGCAAGCAACAUAUACAACUGCCAGACUUGGUACAUUCAGGAUUUUGACGAACAAGGCACUUGAGGCCAAUGAUGGAAAGCCUCUUCCUUUAUAUCAGAAAGCUUUGUGUGGGCUGACAGCUGGAGCGAUUGGAGCAUGUGUAGGGAGCCCAGCUGAUUUGGCACUAAUUCGUAUGCAGGCUGACGCCACCCUACCCCUUGCCCAGCGUCGUAAUUACACAAAUGCAUUCCAUGCUUUAUAUAGGAUAACUGCAGAUGAAGGAGUGUUGGCUCUCUGGAAAGGUGCUGGUCCAACUGUUGUAAGGGCAAUGGCAUUAAACAUGGGCAUGCUUGCCUCUUAUGAUCAAAGUGUGGAGUUUUUCAAGGAUAAUCUGGGUUUUGGUGAGGGUGCUACGAUUCUAGGUGCUAGUUCGGUAUCAGGGUUCUUCGCUGCAGCCUGCAGUUUGCCUUUUGAUUAUGUCAAAACCCAAAUUCAGAAGAUGCAGCCUAAUGCGGAGGGGAAAUACCCUUACACAGGAUCUCUAGAUUGUGCUAUGAAAACCCUCAAGGAAGGAGGACCUUUCAAAUUCUACACAGGGUUUCCUGUUUAUUGCGUUAGGAUUGCUCCUCAUGUCAUGAUGACGUGGAUCUUCCUCAAUCAAAUUCAAAAACUAGAGAAGAAGGCUGGAUUAUAGGAGUUGCUUGCUGCAGGUUUUUGUCACUUGGCAUCUCCAAGUAAACUUAUUAAUUCUGAGAUUUCUAUUUUUCAAAUCAUUAUACAUUAAUGUACUACUGCCUUUAUGAUCACAACUUUAGGGUAGGAUUAAUUUCACAGAUUUUUGUUUGUUUACUUUCUCCUGCACACUGCUAGAAUCUAGCUCCUGGACCUGGAGUCUUGAUUCAGAAUGUUAUUUGAGCAAAUAAAUCCAUGUACUUCAGAUCGCCCUUGAUUCA